UUUUACAGGUCGCCGCUGUCUAUUUUCUCUCUCUACCCCCUCUCUCUCAAACAGUCAAAGCGUCUUUGACAUCUCCAAAACUUCAAAAUUCAAAAUUUAACUUGUUUUUCUCUCUCUCUCUCUCUGCUGUUCCUCCCUCCCAUCCCACGGAAUCUCCCACUGAAACUCCAAAACCCCAAAAUUCAAACUCAAGAAAUCGUUGCUGAUCUCAAAUGGCCGUCAACUCUUCUGAUUUUUCAACCCCGCCUCUCCCUGCCACUCCUCUUCCACUCUCAUCCACGAAGGAGAAUCUGAUCCCCUUUGGCUCCAAAAUUGCGGAAUUGAAUGAAUCGAGGUCUGAGCUGCUUGGCAGAAUUCAAGGGUUGAAGCAGGAUUUGCAAAGUUGGAGGUCAAAAUUGGACAUUCAAGUUAAGGUCUAUCGCGAUGAGCUUUCGGAACUUAAGAAAUCACUCAACACUGAAGUGGAUCAGCUUCGAUCAGAAUUCCAAGAACUGAGGACCACUCUUCAGCAGCAGCAAGAAGAUGUUACUACUAGUCUUAGAAACUUGGGGCUGCAGGAUGUCUCAGGAGAUAAAAAAGAAGGCCAAGAGACCCAAGAUACUGUGGUUGAAGAAAAUGGUGACAAAGAAUCAAAUGUUUCAACUAAGGAGUUUGGGACUAAAGAAGCUGAAAGCUAGAUAGGCUUUACCCUGGAGCAUGCAUGGCUUAUGUUUAUUCCUGAAGGGAAAGAAAUCUAUGGGGUUGAUAUGUUGGUUUAGUUAGAACUUGCCACAACCUUCUUGUUGUCUUGCAAUAGUGAUGAACUCUCUUUCUGAAUCAAAUUAUGUAGAAUUUUGCCCAGUAUUCUCAAUUUAAGCAGCUCUCUCUCUCUC